GCGAUGAAGAUGCUGCUCGGCUGCUCUCUCUGCCUGCUCCUCCUGCUCAGUUGUCUGAGUGAACCCGUGGAGAGCCGAACUCUGCAUCUGGACAGCUGCUCUGUCAAUGUUCACACACACGAAUUGCGCAAAUACUACUCGACCAUGAGAUCAGACGUGUUAGCAGGAGACAGUGAGAUUGGAAUCAAACUUCUGGACAGACCAUUAAUGAAGGACGUUCAGGAGGGACAGACGUGUUGUUUCCUGCGUCUCCUGCUGCGUUUCUACGUUGAGAGAGUGUUCAGCAACUACGCCUCGUCAGAGCCACAGCAGCAACGCUGCUCCAGCGCCUUGGCCAACUCUUUUGUCAGCAUCAGGAAAGAUAUACAUAAAUGUCACUGCCACUGUGGAGAAGAAACCCAGAGGAAAAUUGACUCCCUUCAUGCUGAGUUUAUCAAGCUUCAAGCAAACCAGGCAGCACAGAAGGCUGUGGCAGAACUGGACACUGUGUUGGAGUGGCUGGAGGCACUCGGCCAGAAAACACGCUAA